GUAUUCUUUUUUAUAUUUUAAUGAAGACAUAUCAAAGAAAUAUGAUUGUCUUAAUUAUUUUUUUACAAUUGAUUUCUUUCAUGUUUAACGGUCAUUGUUUGCAAAUAAAUUCAAAGAAAUCUAUACCGGAACAACAAUCAAUAAGAUACAAAACUGUCUUUAUUAAACAACAGGUUGAUCAUUUUUCUUACGGGAAUAAUGAUGUAUUUGAUCAGCGUGUUUUGAUAAAUUCCGAUUAUUUCGAGCCUUAUGGACCUGUUUUCUUCUAUACUGGAAAUGAAGGAGAUAUUACCUGGUUUUGCAAUAAUACAGGUUUUCUUUGGGAUAUUGCCGAAGAAUUUAAUGCUGCUCUAAUAUUUGCCGAACAUAGAUACUAUGGUUUAUCACUACCUUAUGGUAAUCAAUCCUAUAAAGAUCCUCAACAUUUGGGUCACUUGACUUCUGAACAAGCACUCGCCGAUUACUCAGUGCUAAUUGAUUAUUUACGAAAUGAGUAUGGAAAAUACUUUGCCAAAAGUCCAUUUAUAGCUUUUGGAGGUUCUUAUGGAGGAAUGCUUGCAAGUUGGAUGCGAAUGAAAUAUCCUGCAUCCGUAAUAGGUGCUUUAGCUGCAUCAGCACCAAUAUUUCAAUUUGAAGGUUUAACUGAUUGCGGAGUUUUCUAUAAAACUGUUACAAAAGCCUAUGAAAGAUUUUCGAUGAAAUGCGUUUCUAAUAUAAGAAAGUCUUGGCAAGUUAUUAACAAAAUAGGUAGCACAACGGAAGGAAGGAAAUAUAUUACCAAAAAAUUUUCCUUAUGCAAACCAUUGACAACUGUUAAUGACGUUGCUGUAGUUAAAGGUUGGCUGUUCAAUACAUGGACCAAUUUAGCUAUGAUGAAUUAUCCGUAUAAAAGCAAUUUUAUGGAACCCUUACCUGCUUGGCCUGUCAAGAGAGCCUGUAGCUAUCUUAACAAGUCGUUAGAUCAUGAAGUGUUAAUUGAUGGAAUUGCUAAAGCCGUUAAAUUAUACUAUAAUUACAGGUGGUUUCAAUCAUGUACCGAAAUGGUCAUGCCAAUGUGUUCUAAUGGGAUUGAUGACAUGUUUGAAAGAAGAGAUUGGAAUUUAAAAGAAUUUUGUGACGGGUGCACCAAUAAAUUUAAAGUAAAAACUCGUCCAUUUUUUGUUGUUUCUCAAUAUGGCGGAAGAAAUAUUUCAGCAGCCUCCAAUAUUAUUUUUAGUAACGGUGAUCUUGACCCCUGGUCGGGAGGUGGCGUUUUGAAUUCACCAAACCCUUCAAUACACGUAAUAUUGAUAAAAGAUGGCGCUCACCAUUUAGAUUUACGAUUUUCGAACAAGGAUGACCCAGAUUCGGUGAAACAGGCAAGAAAGCGAGAAAUUGAAAUUAUUCAACAAUGGUUAAAAGACUAUUGGCAGAAUUUAAAAGAAAAAAUUUGA